UGACAAUUGUUGUUGGAUGGUUGUUGGCGUUGUUACCUUUGGUUUUUGUGAACUGGAAUAAAAUUAUGUACUAUAUUUAUACCUUUUUUAUGUGGUUAAGCUGUUGUGUUGUUUGCCAUUUUAAAAGAGAGAUUUAGUUAAAUACCUAUCCUAAAAUGCAACGUGAAGAGAAGCAGUUGGAGGUAACUCUUCAAGCAAUCCUCAACAGAGUCAAUGAUUUAAAAACUGCUAUCCAGGCACUUAUUGCUAAACUUGAAAAUGAGUAUGAAACUAUCAAUUGGCCAACUUUUCUGGAUAACUAUGCCAUAUUAUCUGGUCAUUUGACUGGAUUAAGCAAAAUUCUGCAAGCAGAGAUGGCUCCAUCCUUGCGAGCUUUAGUGGUCUUGCCUCUACAACUGGGUUGUGAGAGAGAUGAGGCACUGUCAAGGCUCACCGAGGGCAGAGUACCAGCUUGCACACAUGACUUGGUGCCGGAUCUGCUGCGAACGAAACCUGAACCGCAGGCAGAGCAGAGGCUGCAGCAGUUUAAUCAUAAAGCUAGCACACUUAGCUAUGACACUGCUCAGAAACAAGUAGCCCAAUUCACAAAAGUUGUCAACCAUGUUUGGGAGAUUAUAUCCAAGGGGCGAGAAGAUUGGGAAGGGGAGUCGAUGAGAUCACAAGGAAUGCAACCGACGCACAGCAUCGGCGACACGCACGCGCUGGUGACGGCGGUGGGCACGGGCAAGGGGCUGCGGCCCGGCAUGGCGGCGCUGGGCGGCGUGGGCGUGGGCGUGGGCGUGGGCGUGGGCGCGCUGGGCCCGCGCGGCGCGCCCGGCCCGCCGCCGCCGCCCGGCCCGCAGGCGCCCGCCAUGCCCAAAGCGCCCUCCGCGAUUAAGACCAAUAUUAAGGCGGCUAAUCAGAUACAUCCCUAUCAGCGAUAGAGUUAUUCUUGUUUAAUUAUUAUGAUUUUAAUGUAAGAGUAGUUAAUAAAUACA